CCGGCGCGGCAGGGCGGGGCGGGGGGGCCGCGCGGAGGCAGCGGGCAGAGCGCGGCGCGGUUCGGCUGGGCUGGGCGCCGCCGCCGCCGCGCAUGGAGAGCGAGCGGGCGCCGACAGGGGAGCUGCCUGCGCGCGCCGGUCUGCCCAGCCGCCGCCGGGCUGAAGUCUAAUUAGAACCUGAUUGGCUCUGUCUUCAAGUUUUCCCUUCUAACCUCUGCUGUGACAGGUUAUGUGAAGACUGCCAAGAGGAUUGGUGAACCUGAAAGCUUGCAUGUUUUUCAGCUUUAUCAUCAAACUACUAAAGACACUUCCUCACUAUGAAAUGUAUCUCACAUGGAGAAAAUUGCUUCUUGUACAGACUGGUUUUGGAAACUUUAGCUGGCAUUUCUGAUCUUAUUACUGACACUAGUUUGCCAUACUUUGCAGCACUGGCACUACAGGUUCUCGGGAUUCUUUUUUGAACCACUAGAAGUUUCAUUUUAAUAUAGACUAUUUUAUAGUCAUAUAACAAUAUGUACAUAGAAAUACCUUCAGUUUUUACUGUCUUGUAAAAUCAGAUUUAAGCCAGUUCUACAAGGUUUUACUAUUUAGAGUCUCAGAUUAGUUGUGAGAUUGGAAUGUCUGCUUCUGUGUGUUAAGGAUAGUGUUAAUAUGCAGCUUUUAAGCAACAGAUUUAUUUUCAUUAUAUUGACAAAUUAUCUGCUAUGCAUAGUUUUCAGAUUUCUGCACUGAGUAGACCGGAGACAUGCUUUUGGGUUUUACUAUAUUUUGAUACCUUGAGGUUUUGCUCUUGGGAGCAGUAGAAAGCAGGCUCUACCUACUUAGCGACCGAUGGCUGAGGGACAGAAUUCCUAAAGCUGGGGAAAAUGAGUAGCAAUCGAAGCAGAGAAAGAGUUUUGGCCUUUCUGUCAGGGUUUAUAAACCAUGAAGUUGCUGUACUGUAAACUGUGUCACAACUGUGACCCAAAUUAAAAUAAUUUUUUUUUCUCUCUCUUGGAACAAGUGGCAGGAGGGAAGGGGAGCGGACAGGAUAGCUUCUUAAGCUGGCCUGCAGUGCCAGAGAAAAUGUUGUGUAACCACAUCCUGGAUAACCCCAAAGAUGGACUGAGCUACAAAAGAAAUUUUGGGUUCCCAGUGGGAUCUGAGGACAUGGGAUUGCACAAGACCCAGAUCCUCAGCUGUGGGCAAUAAAGCAUGUGUCAAGCCAACAGCUGGCUCCCAAAAGGUUGAGACUUUGGAACUGUUCUAACAACUGUGUAAAUAGGUGCAUGGUUAUCUUUUAAUUGCUCUAUACCUGGGUCUUCAUAAACCUUUGUAACUGUGCUGUCUAUGAGGGAUUUUGUGAACAUGAACUAUUUUUUGAACAAAUACUUCUGGUUGCUUUUAUCUUAACCUGGCUUCAGUUAAAGGUGGUUUCAAGGUAGCUGGCUAACAUUAGGACAUUCUGUUCUUGUGAGUCUUUUGACCCUUAGAACUGGAGCCUAGCACACUAAAGUGGUGGUUUGGGCAUGGAAAGGAUGAUGGAGCUGCAAUGAGUUCCAAUGAGUAUUUUGGAAGCAUGCUUGCAGAAGCUGGGGAGAAGCAUGUUAGGCUUAAGUAUGUGAUAAUGAGAAUGCUAAAUUGUUAGGACUUAAGAGCCCUGUGCAAGGUGGGUGUAAAAAAUGAGCUGGAAUUUUCACUUCUCAUUGUUACACCCUGGCAGACUUAAAAGCAGUGUGAUGAAAUAGGUGCAGGUCAAAGUGGCGAAUAAAUAAACCAGGACAUUUUGGUUAAGGUUAAUGAGAUUACAGAGUCGGAACCAAAUCAGUUUGAAGCUGUGUCUGCAAUGUAGUUGCAUGUAGGAUUGUAACACACAUGGAUGUACCUGAAUGAGCUUGUAUUUCAGCAACUGGAACCCACAGCAGUUUAAAUUGCAUUGGACACCAAAAAUGUCAUGUUGCUUUUGCUACUCAAGCUAGCUGAGGUAUAUUAACAGUGUUUAGAAGGAUAUCUUUAGGUUGCAGCAGACUAAAGCCAUACCAUAAUUUUCUUGGGCUUUGGUACUUUUCCAAGUCUGUUUUCUAAGAGCUCUGCCACUUGCUCAGACUGAUAACUUAUCAAUAUUUUUGCCUGUAAACUCUCAAAACUGAGUUUCAAAUUAACUUUGCUAAAUGUUUAAAUGUUUUUACUUUGUUUUGUAAAAAAAGAUUGUAAUACUUGACAAUUUCGUGGUGGUUCUCCUAAGUUUUGACACAAUUUUUUUGGACUCUUGAACCUGAGAUAAAAAUUUUUGGCAGGUACAGCUUUUGGAAACUACUGUGUAAUUUCAAAUCUCAGUGAGGCUGAUGUGUUGAGAACACAGAAGUCCUUUCUUGUGGUACACUAUGUUCCACCACUGCUUGUGUGCCUGCUUUGUCUGACCUCCUGUGAGUACCAGCAGCAAGUGGGUGACUUGUGAUGUGCCUAUUUAAAGGGCUUCAUCACACUCAUGUUUCAUACAGAGAUUUCUCAAGUGAUAAAAGGCAAAUGCUCUGAAAAGAACCAAACCAAACAAUGGCCUGUCUUACAAUGACAAAUAUGGAAGGUACAGCAACUUCUACUGUCCACCAGAAUGGUGACAUCCAUGGGAAUACCAAUGCACCCAAGCAGACAGAACCAUUACUUCAAGUGUACCUUUAUCAUUCUCCUGGGAAGACAGGAGGAGAUUACCUUCAGUUUCCUGCUGGAGAAUAUGUUGCAGAAGAGAUUUGUGCUGUUGCCUGUAAAGCCUGUGGUAUCAUGCCAGUGUAUCAUAACAUGUUUGCACUUAUGAGUGAAACUGAGAGAAUGUGGUAUCCUCCAAAUCACAUCUUCCAUAUAGAUGAAGCAACCAGACUCAUCCUAAUUUACCGGAUAAGGUUUUAUUUUCCCCACUGGUAUUGCAAUGGCAGCAGCAGAGCAUAUCGGUAUGGCGUCCUUCGAGGUGCAGAAAGCCCUGUUCUUGAUGAUCUUGUCAUGUCUUACCUGUUUGCACAGUGGCGAGAUGAUUUUUUGGAUGGAUGGAUACAGAUGCCUGUUACUCAUGAAACACAGGAAGAAUGCCUUGGAAUGGCUGUUCUGGAUAUGAUGAGAGUGGCCAAAGAAAAGGACCAAACCCCACUGGCUAUUUACAAUUCAGUCAGCUACAAAAUGUUUUUGCCUAAAUGUGUGCGAGCAAAAAUCCAAGACUAUCACAUUUUGACGCGAAAAAGAAUAAGGUACAGGUUCCGCAAAUUUAUACAGCAGUUUGGCCAAUGCAAAGCUACUGCCAGAAACUUGAAACUUAAGUAUCUUAUAAAUCUGGAAACCCUUCAGUCUGCCUUCUAUUCAGAGGUUUUUGAAGUAAAAGAACCUGGUGGAGAUCCUUCUGGAGAGGAACGUUUUGCAACCAUUGUAAUAACUGGAAAUGGUGGUAUUCAGUGCUCAAGAGGAAAACUUAAAGACUGUGAGACACUAGCAGAGCAGGAUUUACAAACAUACUGUGAUUUUCCUGAUAUCAUUGAUGUCAGCAUUAAACAAGCAAGCCAAGAAGGCUCCAGUGAGAGCAGAAUUGUCACCAUUCACAAACAAGAUAGCAAGAAUCUGGAGGCUGAAUUCCAGUCAUUAAGAGAAGCUCUCUCCUUUGUGUCGUUGAUUGAUGGAUAUUACAGAUUAACUGCGGAUGCCCACCAUUAUCUCUGUAAAGAAGUAGCACCACCAUCAGUCCUUGAAAACAUCCAAAGCAAUUGCCAUGGACCAAUUUUCAUGGACUUUGCUAUCAGUAAACUGAAGAAAGCGGGUAAUCAGACUGGUUUCUACGUUCUUCGUUGCAGUCCUAAAGAUUUUAAAAAAUACUUCCUCACCUUUGCUAUAGAGCGUGAGAACACCACUGAUUAUAAGCACUGCUUAAUUACGAAGAAUGAGAAUGGAGAAUAUAAUCUUAGUGGAACCAAGAGGAGUUUUGGUAAUCUUAAGGAUCUGUUGACAUGCUACCAGACAGAAACGGUCCGUUCAGACAGCAUAAUUUUCCAGUUCGUCAAAUGCUGUCCUCCAAAACCAAAAGAUAAAUCAAAUCUCCUGGUUUUCAGAAGCAAUAGUGUUUCUGAUGUACCUUCAUCACCUGCGCUACAGAGACACAAUAAUGUCAACCAGAUGGUCUUUCACAAAAUCCGGAAUGAAGAUUUGAUAUUUGAGGAAAGUCUUGGACAGGGCACGUUUACUAAGAUUUUCAAAGGUGUAAGAAAAGAAGUGGGAGACUAUGGCCAGCUCCAUCAAACUGAAGUUCUUUUAAAGGUGCUGGAUAAAGUGCAUAGAAACUACUCAGAGUCCUUCUUUGAGGCAGCAAGCAUGAUGAGCCAGCUUUCUUACAAACAUUUGGUGUUAAAUUAUGGAGUCUGUGUAUGUGGAGAGGAGAACAUCCUUGUACAAGAAUAUGUAAAAUUUGGAUCCUUGGACACGUACUUGAAAAAGAACAAAAAUGUUAUCAAUAUCUUGUGGAAGCUGGAAGUAGCCAAACAGUUGGCAUUAGCCAUGCAUUUUCUGGAGGAUAAAGGCCUUGUUCAUGGGAAUGUCUGUGCAAAAAACAUAUUGCUUAUCAGAGAGGAAGACAGGAAGUCUGGAAACCUUCCGUUUAUAAAACUAAGUGAUCCCGGCAUCAGUAUUACAGUUUUGCCAAGAGACAUUCUUCUUGAGAGAAUACCAUGGGUUCCACCUGAAUGUAUUGAGAAUCCCAAACAAUUAAGCCUGGCCACAGACAAGUGGAGUUUUGGUACUACUUUGUGGGAAAUCUGCAGUGGAGGAGACAAACCUCUGAGUGCACUGGAUUGUUCAAGGAAACUACAGUUUUAUGAAGAUAGGCACCAACUUCCUGCCCCCAACUGGACAGAACUAGCAAACCUUAUAAACAACUGUAUGGAUUAUGAGCCAGAUUUCAGGCCUUCAUUUAGAGCAAUUAUACGUGACUUGAAUAGCCUGUUCACUCCAGAUUAUGAGCUAUUGACAGAAAGUGAUAUGUUGCCAAAUAUGAGAAUUGGAGCACUUGGAUUUUCUGGUGCUUUUGAAGAUCGGGACCCAACACAAUUUGAAGAAAGACAUCUUAAGUUUUUACAGCAGCUUGGCAAGGGAAAUUUUGGCAGUGUUGAGAUGUGCCGGUAUGAUCCACUGCAGGAUAAUACGGGGGAGGUGGUGGCUGUGAAAAAGCUGCAACAUAGCACAGAAGAGCACCUUAGGGACUUUGAAAGAGAAAUUGAAAUCCUUAAAUCUCUGCAGCAUGAUAACAUUGUUAAAUACAAAGGAGUAUGCUACAGCGCAGGUCGUAGGAAUCUAAGAUUAAUUAUGGAAUAUUUACCAUAUGGAAGUUUACGAGAUUAUCUGCAGAAACACAAGGAGAGGCUGGACCACAAGAAGCUUUUGCUGUAUGCGUCUCAGAUAUGCAAGGGCAUGGAGUAUCUGGGUACAAAAAGAUAUGUUCAUCGGGAUUUAGCAACAAGAAAUAUCUUAGUGGAGAACGAGAACAGAGUUAAAAUUGGAGAUUUUGGAUUGACAAAAGUCUUGCCACAAGACAAAGAAUACUACAAAGUAAAAGAACCUGGUGAAAGCCCUAUAUUUUGGUAUGCUCCAGAAUCUCUGACAGAAAGCAAAUUUUCUGUGGCCUCAGAUGUGUGGAGUUUUGGUGUGGUGUUGUAUGAACUCUUCACAUAUAUUGACAAGAACAAAAGCCCACCAGCUGAAUUCAUGCGCAUGAUUGGCAAUGAUAAACAAGGGCAGAUGAUUGUAUUUCAUUUGAUAGAGCUUUUGAAGAAUAAUGGACGACUGCCAAGACCAGACGGAUGUCCUGAUGAGAUUUAUGCUAUCAUGAAAGAGUGCUGGAACAAUAAUGUUACCCAGCGCCCCACCUUUAGGGAUCUGGCUCAACGAGUGGAUCAUAUAAGGGACAACAUGGGUGGAUGAGAAAACUGUCCCUCCAUCAAAGGAUGCGUUGGAAUGCAGAACAAGAUGUACUUGGUCCGCUGUGUAUAAUUGACAUACGUACACAUCUGCAUCUUACCUUUGCUGAAAGUAAAAUCUGUGUGGCAAAUUUCCUAUCUCACUCUGUAUACUGAGGAAUCCUGCUGGUUUUCUUUUUCAGGAUAUAUUUGUUACUAUUAGAACAUGCUGAAAUUCUCAAUAGGGAGAGAAAUUAUUUUUCUAAGUAAAAUAAUCUAAUAUAUGGUCAGUCUACAACACCAUUGUUUGCCUUACUUGGCAAUGCAAAAAAGAGGUGAUUUAAAUUGUGGUGAGAUUGAGAUGAAAAGACAGUGUAUUUCCUUGUUGAAAUGGAGAUGCACAGAAAACUUUUAGAAGUCUUUCCACACUGGGUAUAUAGUGACUUGGCACCCUGUUUUGUGUGUAGCACAAGGACUUGUGUGUGUUAAUACAGGUUUAUGAUUUUUUUGUUGUUGAUGCAGAAAUGGCUUCUCUGUAUAACAAAAUAUAAGUGGUUAUGAAACCCAGAAACUUAAUGUGCCUGUCUGAAUAAGUUAUCAGCCAGCAAUACAUGCAAAGAGAUACAAUAGGCUCUGUAAUGUACUGUAAGUAUUUUUAGGGAAAGGGAGCAAAUCGUUCUUAAUUUGGAGAGCCAGAAAACCUAUUUAUCAAUAUGAAAUUUUUAAUUUUAAAUCAAAAAGGAAACAUCCAGUUUUUCCUACCCUUCUUUUCCUUUGUUGAGUAUUAGAUUCCCCGUAUAUAAUUGAAAACAUAAUGAUAACAAGUAAAAAUUAAGCCAUUUUGUACAAGGCAGUGUCUUCAGUUUGUUUCUGAAUGCGAAAAAGCUAAACAUAACUGCUUUUAAAUGCUGCUCUUUCAUUCUUCCCAUCUUUGUAAUUAUUGUGCAGUCAUAACUGUAUUUAUAAAUCGGGAACUUUUGAAAGCAGAAUUAAAAAUGUAGAAAAUGCCUUCCAUUUCACAGUUCCUCACUUUGCUGUUAAGAUGAUCACCUUAUACCUUCCUUCCAGUACACAAAAAAGAAUGCUUAUGGCUCAGCUUCUGAUGCAGCCAGUCACAACCACAUCAAGUUUAUUUUGUAAUGAAGUAGCCCAAGUCACCUCUCAUUUCUUUCUGUGGUAAUACCCAACAUAAGACUCUUUGGAAGGAGGAAUUACAAGUGCAAUUGCUUCACACUCAGUGGGUGGCCAGGACAUGAUCCCAGUUACUGAGAACUGGAAGGAGAUCAGAGCUACCUGAACAGAUUAUUUAUGCUGUAUGAUUCAGCUUUUGAACUAAGUCUAACAAAAAUUUGUGGACAAGACAGCUCUUCGGUUUUGCCGCCAGGCAUAAAACUUGGGGAUAAUCUCAUAUCUCAAUGCAGUAAAGUUGCAGGUUUUGUAUAUUUUUAGUUCAAAUAUUUUUUUCUGUUUUGUUUUUACUUAUUAUUAAGCAUUAUUGUUUGCGAAGUACAAUGCUUGUUCUUCUUGGACUUUUGCUGAGAGGAGUUCAAUUAAGGGGAUAUACAACUUGGCAAACUGACCUGACAUCCAGAUUUGUUUUUAAAAUGAAGUGCUCAUUUUUAAAAUCUGUGGCAGUGAGUCAGUGAAGCUGAGGCCUCCUGAAGUUUUCUGGUUAACUACAUCCAUCUUAACAGAAUUUUAAGUACCUCAGCUUUAAAAAAAAGUAAAAAAUAAAUCAUGAUGUAGUGCAACAUAGUGCCAGUAUAGCAAUCUUGUAGCACUAUGAUGUUUCUCUCCCACAAAAUUAUGAUUUUGUAAUAUGGGAGACUGCUAACCAGGGAGUGUAGCGUCAGCCCUCUUUCUGCCCAUUGCAUUUCAUAAUAUUUCUGUUGGUUUUCUUGCCACUGGGCACUUGCAUAGAUAAUUUUUAAAACUAGUUUCACAGUCAGUUUUUAAGCUGCAAAGAACUUUAAAGUGCUUUGUUCAACUUAAUGUGUUCUCUCCAUUUCUAUACAUUGCUUUGAAGAUUCAAAAUUUUGUGCAAAAAAGUCUUUGCAUUUGUAGUCUGUUGUGUGUAUGUGGUUUUUGUAACAAAAGAAAAUAAAGCUUUAAUGUAUUGAAACAGCAUUUUAGCUGGAAAACAUGCAGGAGUUAUGUAAAAUUUGCACUGUAUGACACUCAGUAGGUUUCCAGUAUAUAGUAGACUCAGCAUAAUUUAUCUACAAAUCUCAGGGAAGUUUGUGUAAUGCAAUGAAGAAAUCUUCUAGUCUGCUAUUUUAUCAGUAAAUACGAAGUCUUUUUCUUGUUCUACUAUGCUAUGACUGAUUACAUAGUCUAUUUGAUUUGCAUAAAUAUAGUGUUGAACUCAAGGAUCUUUUUUAAGUGUCUUGUGGAAUUAUUUUUUUUUUUUUUUUUGCUUUAAUGCUUUAUAUUUUUAGAGAAAGCCAUACCUUUACACUGCAGUAUACUUCUGUGCUGUUGGUCAGGAACAUACAGUCUUUUGUAACAAGUCUGUCGGUGCAAAGGGCUUAUCAUUCAGGAUGAGUGUUCUCAGCUGGGAGAACAGGACCAAGUAGUGCUUAGGACUCUGGGGCAGAUGUGUGAUCAUCUGCAGUGUCAAUGCUUAGGUCCUGGAACAGGCAAAAUGGUUUUCUCAAAAAGCUGUUGAGGAUGUUAAUACAGUGAUUUUGCUGAAUUUGCUACUGCCAAUUGUAGUAACCUACUUAAACAACAAACAGAAAACACUGUGUUUUGAAAGCUCUCAGAUCUAUAGAAGCGCUGCACAAUGCCGUAUUUUUAUAUAGCCUUUGUAUUAACGGGUUCAGUUCUUUGUUUUAGAAACUUCCUUAAGUUGGCAUUGCAUUUGUCAUACAUUAAUGUAAUCACUAUGCUACCCAAAAUGCUGUGAUUUUUUUUUAAUUUUUUUUUAAGAAAAAGUGCUGGUUUAUGUAUACAUGACUGCUGCUAUGAUGUAGAAUUAACAACUACUGCUUUGCACUUACCUUUGAAGUGAAAGAAUUUUUCUGUAAGUGCACAAUAUAUCUUAUAGAAUCUCUGCAAACAAGCAUUGUCUAGUAUAAUAUUGGUUUGUUGUCUAUCAGUAUAAAUGUGUUAAGUUGCAAAAUUCGUUUUUAAAUAUAUUCCAUAAUCUUGCAACAGUCGUGUAAUAAGCCAGAGAGAGAAUGAAUUUUCAGGAAAAGAAAACCCUAUUCUUGUCAAGUCCUAGAUUAAAAGCCUCCGUAGUUGAGAUAAUUGUUACUAAAUAUAGAUGAAUAUAACUGUAAAAAGAUAUGUAAAGAUCAUUUUAACUUUUUUUUCCAGAGAUUAAGGUUUUGUUUCAUUUAGUUGAGAAGUUGACCAACUGCCUUGAAAUGUAUGGGAAGAGGUGUUACUGUAUGAAGUAUGAAGAAGUGUAACUCUUGUGUGAAGAAAGCAAGCUUUUCAGGAAUGUAUGUUCACAGACACCUGGAGGAUAGGAUUCUGAGAGCAAAAGCAGAAGCACAGAAGAACAAGACUGAUGGGAAAAGGCUGAUGUUCAACACUGAAGAAGCUUUCUGAAAUGUGAAAUUCAUAAUGAUUUAUGAAAAACUGAUGUCUACUGAAAAUGCCAUACCAUGACAAAUAUGUGCUAAUAUAUUUCUAAACUGUGUAUUGUCUGUCUUAAAUCUAAAAUACUCACAGAGACGUAACCUGACUGAAAAAUGCAAGAAUUACUAUACCAAAAGAAACUGCUGAAGGUUGUGUCGUAUCAGACAGCAAUUUUGAAAAGGCGUUUGGCUGAGAAGUUUUUUCUGCGUUACGCUUUUUGAAUAAGAGGUUUACAGUACUUUAUAUUAAAGUAGAAACAGGUCUGGGGGGUGGGAGUGAGGAAGCACAAGACGGAGAUGCCUGCUACUUAUGGUUGGACUGCAAGCAUUUGAACACAUGGUUUCUUGGAGAGAACAUGAAAGGGAUAUUUUUUUCGAAAGCUGUGUAUUGAUACCCGAAACUUAACUGUGCAUUUCUUUUGAGUUUGGAUAGUGAAAAUAAAAUAACUAAAUACAAUGAA